CAUCGAAGUUACCGGAGAACCGCCAUUGUUUGAAUAAAAAGCUCAACAUCCUAGUACCUAUUAUGGAUAAACAUUCGUCUGUAAGUAGCGCACUAAACUCUGCUUCACCCAACACGAAAAGUCGAAGGGUUAAAAGUUGGCGCUUAUUUUAAAGAACUUUCUCUAAAAAUUCCACCAAUCGGGAUUCCAGGUCCUCGACCAGGGUUAAAUGUUGCACAGUGAUGGCCGAUGACAGUGACAUUGACAGCUGGUAUUUAAGAAAAGAUGAAAUCGUUCAGACGUCCCAUAAAAACCUGCGUUCGAAAUUCAACGACCCUGGUCACAACGGGAUUAGACUAUCAAACGGUUACUCCACAGCCUCCCACCGGUCUCGAGCCGGGGAACAAAAAUCGUCCGGAUCUAGCACUGAAGUUCGUUUCAUAAACCCAGCGAUAUACGCGGAGUCUCUCACACCCUCGAACGGCUUCACCGAAAGCGUCGAGACGCCCUGCAGCACAAGCACCGACGAGGAGGCAACCGUCGUCGUCGAGGUCCGUUGCGGCGACUCGAACGGUCUCGCAGACGGGUUCUCCACCCUAUCCGUCAACGAAAACUCCCCCAGCAUCGGCGACGGGGAUGCCCCUAGUGAUCAGGUUGAUCUGGGUGCAGCGGACACGUACCGGUGCGGUUCUGAGUCAGACACAUCGCGGACCUCCACGCUUACCCUGACGAACAAUUCAAAGUCCGUUACUCGGCUCGUGAGGCGCUGCGUAAUCGAUGGGUCCUCAAAAAUUUACGACGAAGGAGAUACGGCUGUGGAUCAGGAGGACGUUCACAGGUUCUCGACGAAUUGUCGCAGAGUAGUGCAGUUCUCUUCUUCGUCGCUUUCGAGUUCUGCUUUCUCCGACUCCAGGACCAGCGGCCUUGAUCUUGCUCGGAGAAUCGCCCAUCAGGAAUGGGUCCAGAAGAAGCAGCGGGCUGCGCUCCAGAAGAGCGAAGCUGAGCGCAAGGCCGAACUCAGACGUCGGCAGAAAGAAGAACGGGCCGAGAGGGAACGACUUGAGCGCGAGCGGAACGAACGGGACAAUUUUUUAAAAUGGCAGGAACGGAAGAAGAAGGAAGAAGCGGAUAGGAAACAGGCUGUCGAACAGGAACUCGAACUUCAAAGGCGGCUGAAGGCGGUCGAAGAUCGAGCCGCCAUCGCGAAGAUAAUACAUCUUCAGCAGUGGGCGAGAAAAAAGGAAGUUGCGCAGAAAGCACAACAGAAGGAACAAGAGCUUAAACAAAAGGCCAUUGAAGAAGAUCGGAAAAAGAGACUGGCGGAAAGCUCUCAGGCUUUUGAAAAGUGGCGAGAAAGCGCAAAGAGCAGACCCAGACCUGCUACUCAAGGACUCCUACCCCACCAGCGUGCUAAGCCAUCGUACGUGAAUCCGAAGCCCUGGCAGCAAAUCGUCGACGUUGAAGAAUCGGAAUCACAGGAAGAUUUGUUGCGUAAGAAAUCCGCAGUGCAGGGCAAACAAAAGGGUAAUAUUGUUAGAAGAAGCAUCGCAUCGCAUCACUGACAACGACAAAAUGGCGCAAAAGAAGAGCGUCCACUGAAAGAGGAGCCCACCCACGUAUUUUUCAAAUCUCAAUCAGAGACGGUAUUACCGAUCACUAUUCGAUCGAUCACAAUUAUCGUCAGCAUCAACGUGGAU